GGAAGCCCAGCGGUUGCAGCUGCGGCGGAUCCCUCGGCACUGCCCGCCGCGCGCCGGGGCAGCCCAGGGCCGAGGCAGCUCCGCAAAGUCGCGGGGCGAGAGGAGGCGGGCGCCGGCAAAGUGGCCGGACCGGGCCGGGGUGGGAGAGGUGUGCCCGGGAGCCUGGAGCCCAGCGCCCUGGUGCCUCGCGUGGAGCGGCCGUGCGCCCCGGAGGCGAGCUGACGCUCCGGAACGAGAAAUCAAAUAGCAGCCUCCCCAAAGACGCUAAGUUACGCAGGCCAGCCUGUUCCCGGGGAGCGCGCGUGGAGCCGCAUCGCAGAAUCCUCCCGGGCCGGCCGGCCGGGAGCCCAGCGCCUGACCCCGAGCGCGGGGCUCGACCGGCGGUGCGCCCCGAGACUGAGCGAGGGCGUGCAAGGCUCCUCCGACCCGCCCGCAGCCUGUGCCCGACUCGGGCGCCCCCUCUGUCCCACUCCGGGAGCGAUGCCCCCCGCCCCCUGCGCCCCCCGGGAGCGACACGAGCAUGGAGAAGUCGAGUAGUGAGGAUUCUUCGAUCCAUCGGAGUCCAUCUUUGGACAGCAAGGACUCAGACUUUGCCAAGCCGUCCACCUCGGGCCGCCCGUUCGGCCGCGGCUUCACUGCCGGCGCUUUCUAUGGCACCGCGGGCUCCCGCGGCCAGAGCCGCGCUGAGGCUGGUGUGAAGACCGACAAGUACAAUGCACCCAAAGGCAGCAAGUACGUGGUGUUUUACCUGGACCUGUCCUUUGUUUUCCUCCUAGAAUUUAAGAAGUGCAACAUGGCCAGGGGCUGCCUCUGCUGCUUGAAGUACAUGAUGUUCCUCUUCAAUUUGAUAUUCUGGCUCUGUGGCUGUGGGCUGCUUGGAGUGGGCAUUUGGCUCUCCGUGUCCCAAGGCAACUUUGCCACCUUCUCCCCCAGCUUCCCCUCGCUGUCUGCAGCCAACCUUGUCAUCGCCAUAGGCACCAUCGUCAUGGUGACGGGCUUCCUGGGCUGUCUGGGGGCCAUCAAGGAGAACAGGUGCCUCCUCCUCAGUUUUUUCAUCGUCCUGUUGAUCAUCCUCCUGGCGGAGCUGAUCUUAAUUAUCCUCUUCUUUGUCUACAUGGACAAGGUGAACGAGAAUGCCAGGAAGGACCUCAAGGAAGGUCUGCUGCUGUACAACUCGGAGAACAACGUGGGGCUUAAGAACGCCUGGAACAUCAUCCAGGCUGAGAUGCACUGCUGUGGUGUUACCGACUAUACAGACUGGUACCCCGUGCUGGGGGAGAACACGGUUCCUGACCGCUGUUGCAUGGAGAACUCCCAGGGCUGCGGCCGCAACAGCACCACCCCGCUUUGGAAGACGGGCUGCUACGAAAAGGUGAAGAUGUGGUUUGAUGACAAUAAGCACGUGCUUGGCACGGUGGGCAUGUGCAUCCUGAUCAUGCAGAUCCUGGGCAUGGCCUUCUCCAUGACCCUCUUCCAGCACAUCCACCGGACUGGGAAAAAGUAUGACGCCUGAGCGGGCUGGCCGCGCGCCCCGGCCCACGCGGACACUGUGCCAGGGAGGAAGACUUCAGCUGUGUGUCGCCUGCCCACACCCUACAGACUGCUGACCUCUGCGCCCACCUCCCGGGUCCGCCUCCCGCCACCUGCCUGGGCCUUCUUGGUGGGCGGAGGCCGGGGAGGAGAAGGCGUGGAGACCUUGGGGUGCCCGGGCAUCCAGAUUCCUGCAUCUGUGUAUUUGCCAAAGAAGACAGGGUGGGCGGGGGGCAUGCUCUGGGAGCCCCCGGCACUGAUGCGUUACUGCCCUGCCCUUCCUCAGCUGACACUUUUUCCCCUCGUGGGGGGCGCAGUGUUGCCUCCUGGUGGAGAGACUGCCCAGCGGAGAGGGAUGCGCUGGCGGGGGUGGGGCUGAGUGCCUCCUGCCAGGCCCCUGGGAGUGUCUCGCCCAGGCUUUUUAUACCUUAACAGUGUAACUUUUUUAUUUUAUUUUACUCUGAUUACGAUUAUUCAGGAAUACGCUCUCUCAGAUAAGUUUAGGGUUAGCUUUCUGAUUCAUAACUUUUUACUGCGUUGAUUUCUGUAAUGGUUUGAUUUUCUUUCUGAGGGUGGGGAUGGGUGGGGACAGAGGAUGUCCGUCCGGUUUCCAUCGGGACAGACCACUGCACACACUCAGGAGGCUCUCGCCAGGGUGCACUGAGCGGCGGGGAGGGAAGCCUGGGAGAGAAGCCUGGGAGAGGGAGGUGAGAUGGAGGCGUGGGGGGGCAGCGUGGGAGCGGCCGGCGCGAGAGGCCAGGGCAGGGGUCCUCUGGGGCUGAGGGUGCUUUGCUGGGAAUGAGGCCAAGUGGUCAUGGGUCCUUGUGUGUCAUUGAUGAGCAGUUCUUUUUCCCUAUUUCUUCCCUCCUGGCCUCUGGCAGCCGGGAGGCUCCCCUACCACCCCCUGCGGGCAUUCCUGCCACAGGUUCUGCAAACCGGUUACUUUCACAGACAUUCCUGCUAGAAACUCUGGGACAAAUACCUCUUUAGUUCAGAUGCUGCUCACUCUCUCACGUUGCUUCUGGAAGGGGAAGCAGUCCUUCCGCAGAGCUGCUCAGACAGUGACAGGGGACCCAUGACCCCAGAGAGGGGAGGGGAGGGUGCCACUGGGCUGCUGACUCCCUGCUGGGGGGGAGGGAGGUCCAUCUGGGUCCCGGGACCCUCCUCUCCCUCCUGGGGCUCAUUGAGGCUAGGGUGGCAGGCAAUCAGGAUCUCGGUGACCUUGAGGGAAAAAACAGAAACCCAAGAGCAGUGAGAUGGGACUCUCUCCAGUAGCCCCAGGACAAGGCAGUCUGAGUCAGGGCCUGGAGAUGGCCGGGGUAGGGGGCACUCGGCUGCAGCAAGGUGCCCACACCAAGGCUUAUACUGGUCUAAGAAAGUUGUGCAGUUU